AUGAGUAAAAUUUCAUAGCAAUACAAAGAGGAAGACAUGUUCACCAAAUCACAAUACUUAGACACAUACACUAAAAUAUAUACUUAGAUUAAAAAAACUAUGGAUAACACCUUAGAAAAUGCUCUAAAUCAAGCGGAUGUUAGCGACUAUUCAUCUGAUUAUGGCUUAGAUGAGGAAUUAGUUUUUGAAGAACAUAGUUAAGUGAAUUUGUAUAUCGAAGGAUAAGAAAAAUUAAAAGUGAGUGAAGAUUUACUUAAUUUAGAUGACUUAGCAGAUUUUUUUGAUCUCAACACAUUGACAUCUUUACUUGGUAAAGAAGAGCUCUAAAAUUUAAGAAAAUUACUCCCUCAACAAGAAACUGAAGAACAAUAAAAUGAAACAAUGAAAAUGCUAUUUAGUGGUCAAUCUUUUAAAUUUGGAGUUAAUCCGUUGAACGAGUUCUUGCAGAAAUGCAAAUCUGGUAGCUACACAACCAUGAGACAAUAAGAAUAGAAGAUAUAGAGAAAAAUGGCAUUACAGACUUUGAAUAAAUAUUACGAAGACACUCUUCUAGAAGUUAAGUAAAAAUUAGUACCUGAAACCAUAAAUCGUGUCAAAACACUUUUAAAGAAGAGAAAAGCGAUUAAAAGAGUUGAGGAAUUGUUAAGUAGCGAUAGCGAUUAAAGCGAAAAGAGCUUUAUCAAUCUGAGACCUGAUGUAGAUUUUGAUGAAGUAUCUGUUGGUAACAGUACUGAUGGAAGUGAAGAAGAUAGAGAUAAUAGACGUAAAAAACCUUAAUAAUAUGGUAAUGUAGGAGGAGCUGGAGGAAAUAAUGGUGGUAUGCAAUAAGCAAAUGGUAUUGGUAAUUAAAAUGGUAAAUAAAAUAGCUCAAUGUCAAAUGGAUUGGUAAAUGGCUCUAAAAAUAAUAACACAAACGCAGCUAGAUCUGAAAGUAACUACAAUCAAAAUGGAUCUCAAAUAGCCAAUUCAACUCGUUUUGAUAACAAUGACUCAAAUUCAAACAUCGAAUUAAUGUCUGAAUAGUAAAAAUCAAAGUAUUAAACCGUUAUAGACACACCUUAACCUUACUAUAAAAUCAAAAAGAGUAAAGUCCCAGUCUCUUAAGAAUGGAUAGAUAAUUACAGAGAGUAGGAAAGGCAAAGAUAUGAAAGCCCCACUAAACCUUGGAUAUAUUUUUUAUAAGAUGGAUCGAAGACUUGUGUGGCACCUGUUUGCAAAAAAUUAAAUGUUUCAAUGUAAUCAAGACCUCGUGAUCAUCUCUUUUUAAAAUAGAAAAGAUCACCAUAUAUUACAAUUCUUUCUCUUGUAAGAGAUGCCUGUGCUAGAUUACCAAACGGGCAAGGAACAAGAUAUGACAUUUGUGAGUUACUUAAAGAAAGCUAAUACAUUAAUUAAGAUCUGACUUAUGAUAAGGUAAGUACUAUAGUAAGUGGUGCUCUAGAUAGAUUGCACUAUUUGGAUGAUCCUGCUAUAAAAUACGACUAAGAAAAAAAAGUCUGGUUUUAUUUACAUAGAGACAGAGAGUUAGACGAUCCAGCUUGGAAAGACGACGGAGGAGAAUUAAACAUAUUAAAUGUUUCAUAAAGUAAUACUGCAGUUUGA